AUGACAACGGAUUCGACAUCUCGCGAUGAUCAAACACGUGUGCCAUUUUUAGAAAGCUUAAUCGACGAGAAACUAAAUCAACCGACAUCAUUUCAUAUGCCAGGUCAUAAAGGAACUAAAGCACCACAUCCACUAUUGCAAGAGUUUUUCGGUGGUAACCUACAUCCAGCAGACCUUGUAGAAAUCAAUCACAAUGUUGAUUAUCUGCAUUCGCCAAAAGGAGCAUUGCUGAAAGCUCAACAGCUCGGUGCUGCUGCUUAUGGUGCUGAUCAUACUUUCUAUCUCAUUAACGGUUCGACUGUCGGCAAUAUGGCUGCCAUAAUGAGCACUGUUGGUCCUCAACAAAAGAUCAUCAUGUCACGUGCAUCCCAUCGGUCUGUAUACGGUGCUGUCGUACUUUCGGGUGCUAUACCCGUCUAUAUUGAGCCAGAAUACCAUCCUGAUAUUGAAUUCCCAUUAGCACUAAAUGUGAAUAAGAUCAAAGAACUUCUUCAGCAACAUUCGGACGUCGCCGCCAUUCAUAUAACUUCACCAAAUUAUUAUGGCGUUAUGUCAGAUACAGCAUCGAUUUGUCAUCUGGCUCACGCACAUGGUGUAGCUGUCCUUGUUGAUGAAGCUCACGGUUCCCAUCUUUGUUUUCAUGACGAUCUACCUCGAUCGGCGGUUGCUUUAAAAGCAGAUAUCAUCGUUCAGAGUACACACAAAACGCAAGGCUCUCUUACACAGUCAGCUAUGUUACACGUCAAUGACAAUGGUUUUGUUAAUCGAGCGCGUACAGCACAGGUGCUGUCACUUUUGCAAAGUUCAUCGCCCAGCUCGAUUCUGUUAGCAUCCUUGGAUGCAACACGUAUGCAAAUGGCUACCGAAGGUCAGCAACGUCUAUCAACAGUUAUUGUUCUUUCACAAAAUGCACGCAACACGAUUCAACGAAUGGAUGGUUUGUGGUGUUAUGGUGAUGAAUUAAUCGGUGUUAAUCAUGUUUUUACGUAUGAUCCAACUAAACUGAUUAUUCGUGUGUCUGAUUUAGGUCUCAGUGGAUUUAAAGUGAGUUCUCUUCUUCGAAAUCAGUACAAUAUCGAAGUAGAAUUUGCCGAUCUUAAACACAUCAUCUGUUCAAUUACCGUAGCUGAUACUGAAUUAACAGUGAACAAACUGCUCGAUGCUUUACAUAAUCUUGCAAGCACAAACUCUCCCACUGCUAAUUCAAAUGAGAUGUCGAUUAGACCGCCGAACGGAUUACCACAAUCAGCAAUUAACUUACGUGAUGCGUAUUUUGCAACAAAAACACAUACUAUUCCGUUGUGUGAUGCUAUAGGAUGUGUCUUAGCCGAAAAUGUUAUACCCUACCCACCAGGUAUUCCUCUCUUAGUACCCGGUGAAAUCAUGGAACAACGUCAUUUAGAUUAUAUACAUCAUUUGAUUGAAAAAGGAAGUUCCAUCGUCGGCUUGGAGGAUUUAUCAUUGAAAACUAUACGUAUUGUUGAUGUCUAA